CCACCGUGUAGCGUUGCGAGAGGGGCUUUUAUUUUGAAAGGUUUGAACCGGUUUUGGUUGUUCGCUCCCGUUUCCUUGACACUAAUGUGAACGCUUGGGAUAUUUGACUUGGUUGGGACAUUUGAAAGCGGAUUGAACUUCAACAGGCUCCCACUCACGAGUGUGUCGUCGGCUUGACCUCAGCUGAAGUUCACUGGGAUGUUUCCGUUGCGUCUUGUUCUCACCUAGCUCCAGCGACGUGAAGCGGGGGCUCCUCCACUAAGCGGGUGGGCUGUGUUGGGUGACCGGGGUCCGCCGCUGUCAAACCCGCGCUGACAUGGGGCAGUCGCACCGGGGACGGACGGAAAACUGAAAACUGUUAAGAAGUCUUCCACGACAAACGCGACGAACAACAACGGACUAACUUUCCAUUUUUUUUGUUUGUUUAAACGAGUUGCCAGCUUCUCGUUCGGCCGUGAGGACCAAUGCAGAAGUGCAACUCCGCCGGCACCCACGGCACCACGCUGCCCCGGGACGCGGAGCUGCAGCUGCGGCUGGCGGACAGCGGAGGGGCCGGGGAGGGGAUGGAGAACGGAGCCGGGAAACAUUUCCUCGCUCCGGCCGAAGAGGAGAGCUCGUUUUGCACCAAGAGGAAGAUGCUGGUCUGGCUGGAUUUAAUAUGUCUCCUUGUCGCCUCCAUCCCAUUCUUUGCAUGCGAGUUGAAGGCCGUGACUCCGUACAGACGUGGCUUUUUCUGCGGAGACUCCAGCAUCACCUAUCCCUACGAAAAGAAAGAGGCCAUCCCUGACACCCUGCUCAUCGCUGGCGGUAUAAUCAUCACUGGCUUAACGAUUGCACUGGGCGAGUGCUACCGGGUCCGUUUCCGAGGUGUGCACUCGCGUGCGUUUGUCCGAAACCGCUAUGUGUCGUGCCUGUACAAGGAACUGGGGAGCUUCCUGUUUGGUUGCUGUGUGGGCCAGUCUCUCACCAACAUGGCCAAACUGAGCGUGGGACGCCUGCGGCCCAACUUCCUGUCGGUGUGCAACAUCACCUAUGCGUCCAUCAACUGCACUCCGGGCAGUUAUGUGCCCGAGGUCACCUGCAGGCAACCUAACCAUAAGUUGGAGGAGGAGGCAAGGAAGUCUUUUUUUUCUGGCCAUGCUUCCUUUGCAAUGUACACCAUGCUCUAUUUGGCAUUCUACCUACAGGCACGGUUGUCAUGGCGAGGAGCCCGGCUGUUGCGCCCGCUAAUACAGUUCCUGUUGGUGAUGAUCGCUGUCUACACCGGCCUGACCCGCAUCUCUGACUACCGCCACCACCCCAGCGACGUCCUCACGGGCUUCAUCCAGGGAGGCCUCACCGCGUACUGGGUGGCCUUCCACAUCUCCUCCAUGUUUAAGCCGUGCGCCCGUUCAGACCUGUCUCCCACGAGCAUGUCCCUGGAGAGUCCACUGUCCAGCCAGCAGACUGUCUGUUAGCAGGCGCAUUCCAGCAACCAGAGGACGAGAGGACAUGGACGGCAGAACGACAGCCAAGCACGGGCGAACAGCCGGAGACCAGAGAGAGAAAUGUUUUAAGAAAGGGAAUUAUUCUUAGAUAAAAGUGAUACAGAGUAUAAUCUACACAUGCAUGCUCCUGUGGGCAAACUGACACACAACAUACACUCACACAGUAAUCUAACAUGCUCACACACACACACAUGAAAUUCAAAAAGCACAUAUGACUGUGAGUCAAAGCCGUCCAGUGAAAAGAACUGCAUAGUGAUAUUAGACAUAUUUUUUAUAUAUAAAAACAAAAAGUAAUAAAAAUGUCUAUUUUUCAACAGCUGCUAAUAAUAAUAAUAAUAAGUCCUAGUUUGAACUUGUUUUCUUCUGUGAUGGAGGCAUCUCGUCAGUGAACGUGGUUCAGCUUUCAAAGCACAGCCGCUCACUCUUUUGUCACUUGGUGAGAGAAAGAGGAAAUAAAACCUCCUGCCUCCUCUUUUGUUUUGGACCCUCUGCCUCCACUCGGGAAACCCGACCCAGCAGCUGUGAACUGAGACCAUCACGCCUCGGAUGUUAGACAAAAAACACCACUGGCUUCAACUCGUAACCGUUUUUACCUUCAGUGGCCCCGAUGUGCCACUGCUCUAAUCACACCGACCUGCAUCGCUAAACAAUAACCUGUAUGUAAGAAAGCGGCAUUUGUUCUGUGUCACGAUGUUAACCAGGGCAGUGGCAGGAGGAGGAAUCAGUUAACUCCACUUCCCCUUCGCUGCCACUUCUCUCUACUAACCACUUUGACUGUGUCUCAGAGGUGGAGGCUCGACUGAAUUUGAACCUUUGGCUUUUGCCCCUGGACUCUGAGCUGCACCUUGAUUUAUGCCACUCUGACAGGAGAGCCGCCCCCACGGGCCCUCCUGUGCAUCUUUAUUAAUAGCACUUGAACGUACAUAAUGGAACCUUCUUAUUAUAAUCCAUAUUAUAUAUUUUAUCACAAGUUUGAAUAAUCAGUGUUUAUUUUUUAUUAAUGUCAGACUCAUACACUAUAUUUGUUUUUUCUUUUCUUCCUGAAAUGAUAAUUAUUCAAAUUGAAUGUAAAUAGGUAUGUCAUUUUAUAAACCACACAGAAUUUUAAAAGUAUUAGUUCCAAGUCUGGACCGUUUUUACCUGUUUUAUGUACGUGAUUGUAUUUACAUUUGUGUUGAUCAGGUACGGAGACUCACUAUUGUAUCUGUUGUAACUACUAGACUGAGCCACAGAUAUUAUCAGAAAGCUAUAUUUUUCGUGUUCCCAGUUAUUGUCAUGUGUCUGUUUUGUCUGUGAAUGCCCGAAAGGCAGAAAUAACCACUGUAAUCAAAAAAACCAAACCAAUAAAAUGAAAGUUGAAUGUU